AUGUUUCAAAUACUCAACAAGUCCAUCUCUAUCAUUAACAAAAACCACCCAAAGAACGAACAUGUUCCUGAUGAUCUCCUUCCCGUUCCUUAUGUUCCGAAAUAUCCACUGAACCCCUCUCCUCCGUCUCCCACCCCGUCCCCCAUCAACCCGAACAAUAUGUGUCCUCCCGAAGCUGUUGCCUAG